AUGAUAAGACAAAAUGAAAAAGUAAACAUAUUUUUUACAUCGAAAAAGUCUGCUCCUUGGUGGAAAUCCAUCAGCAUUGAACCUGUUGUUUUUCUUUAUAUGUUAGCAGUUUACAUAAAUAUUCCUACAGAUGAAGCACUUCUUUAUCGACAAGUUUGCUAUAAAUUAUAUAAUAUAUCGUUAUGUAAUUCGAUGAAUACGAAUAGAAUAAAUAAGAUCGAUAUUUAUAAAUCCAUGGAAGAUAUUAUACAAAAACAUGCAUCUAUUUAUGUUAUGUAUUUUAAUUUUGUUUAUUCGAUUCCGUCAAUAUUUAUAUCAAUCAUGUGUGGUGUAUGGUCAGAUAAAUAUUCUCAUAAAAUUCCAAUGAUUUUUGCAAGUAUUGGUUGUAUAUUAUCGACCAUAGUGAAUUUAUUUGUAUCAGUUAUAAAAUAUAAUCUAUCAAUAGAAAUAUUAUUUUUAUCAAACAUAUUUCUUAGUUUAUUUGGUUCAACAUCAACCAUGUUUUCAGUCAUCUAUAAUUAUAUUUCGCAUAUAACAACAAUAGAAAAUCGUACACAACGGAUUGCAAUUAUUGAAUCAUGUUUGAUGUUUGGUUCAACAAUUGGUUUAAUAUUGAGUGGAAUAUUAAUUGAUUUAACAAAUUUUCAAUAUUGUUUUUUAUUUAUUAUUUUUGUUCAUUGUAUUAAUAUUAUUUAUAUUACAUUUUAUGUUAAAGAAGUUAUUCCAACAAGGCAAAAUAUUAAAUCAUUUAAAAAUUUCUAUGAAACCUUAUUUUUUUAUAAUGAUAUAAGAGAUGCAUUUCGUGUUUUAUUUAAACCAAGAGAAUUCAACCAAAGAAAAUAUCUUCUUCUUGCAAUAUUUGGUUUAUUAUGCAGCAUUUGUCUAUUUGAAAAUUCAGGUGAAUCAACAGUCAUCUAUCUUUAUUUAAAAAAAUCGCCGUUGUCUUUCUCGCAAAGUCUCUAUGGAAUAUUCCGUGGUUUGAAAUCAUUUGGUCUUGGCCUUGGCUUAUUAUUUCUAUUGCCAAUAUUACGAUAUCUAUUCAAUAUCAGUGAUAUGACAUGUGCAAUUCUUGGUACACUAUCGAAAUGUACAACAGAUUUUCUUUAUGCAAUGAAUCAUUCAAAAACAUUUAUAUUUAUGAUACCAUUAUUUGGUAUGUUAUCAUCAUAUGUUGUUGUAGGUAUUCGAUCAUAUAUUUCGAAAAUUUGUAACCUCGAUGAAGAAGGUAAAAUCUUUUCGAUUAUUGCAUCACUCGAAUCGAUUGAUGCAUUAAUUGGAUCAUUGUUAUUUAAUAUUCUUUAUUCAUAUACAAUAAGCACUUAUCCUAGUUCAAUAUUUAUUCUUGCUUGUUUUCUUCAUUUUCUAACUUUACCUAUAUUUAUUUAUAUUCUAUUCAGUGACAAUCAUUUGAAUAGAAGAAAAAUUGUUGCGAAGCAAAUGAAAAAAACGUUGCCCAUUAAAAACAAGAAUUCUAAUAAUCAAUCUCGUAUUCAUUAUUUAUCUUUAAUGCAUUAUUUUCGACGAAAUCAUCGAAAAUUCAUAUAUGAUUAUAAUCGUCCCGAUAAUGAUAGAAACAAAAUCAAGUAUAUUCGAUAA